ACUUAUCCUCUUCUGUUAGCAGGUGGGGAUAGUAAUAGCGACACGACAUCCACCUCCGCGAUCGUGUCGACGCCCACGCACGAAUACUACAUACACGGCAAACGGAUCAGCGAUAAUAUGGUGGUGUUAGAAUGCACGGUGAAGAAAGACUUCCAGUACAACAAGGUGAUGCCCACGUUCCACCACUGGGUGACUGACGAGAAGCGGUUCGGGCUGACCUUCCAGACGGCUGCAGACGCGAGGGCCUUCGACAAGGGAGUCCGGACUGCCAUCGAGGAGCUGUUAGACGGUCUGGGUGGGGCAUGGCCAUCACUUCACGCGUACAAAAAACACAACCCAGCGCCCAAAGAGGACGACGAGGAACAAAACAUCUUCGAGUGCCUGAACCUGCCGUCGGGGGGCUCCCGCGAGGAGGGUCGGCGCGACCUGCAGACUCCCAUCCUCGCGCCCAUCACGCUGCCCGCACACCCGCUCAACGGACACGAGUCGAUGAAGCAGUACGAAGUGCAGUACGACGAGAAGACCAGCACCGAGGACGACAACGAGAGGUGCCACUACGUACAACUAUCCGCCGUGCACGAGUACACAUACCCGCAGGGUCAAGGCGUCAUUAGCUCGGAGAAGUCCACGCCCAACACCAAGCCACCGCUACUCAAAAGGGACUCAGGGUCGCUAAAGAAGUCCACGUACACCGCGCCUCCGCCACUGCCAGGGAAGAAAACCAUCGAAACCUUCCAGGGACGGCUCAAAUGCAGGCACUGUCACGAGUGGUACCUGGAGAGCGCCAACCGCGCCGGCUCGUGCGAGUACGCGCCCGACUGCUGCCGCGCCUGCGUCGACUGCGUGUCCUGCAUCAAGUGCGCGCAGUGUCUGGUGUACCACUGCGGAUGGGACUCUGAGGGCGACGCCGUGAACCGACCCUGCGCCUGCGCACCGCCUCACACCACCUGCGCCGUGCGAUGGGUGGCGAUCGUGGCUCUGAGCCUGGUGGUGCCGUGCCUGUGUUGCUACGUGCCGCUGCGCUGCGCUCACCGGGCAGCGGCGCGCGCACUCCUGCCGGCGGCGCCUACGCGCCCCACCACCACCAGCCCAGGGACCACGACUCAGCACCACACCGCCGGGGGACACGUGCCAGGACCCACGGACACCUAA